GGAGCGGCCGGUCCGGGCGGAAGUGGGCAACGAUGGCCGCGCCGCCGCUGAAGGACCGGCUCAGCUUCCUGCAGCGGCUUCCAGCGCUGAUGAAGGGGACAUCUGACGACGACAGCCCGUGCCCCGGCUACCUGCUGGAGGAGAUAGCCGAAAUCUCCCGCGAGUCGGCAGGGAUUAGCCAGUGCCUGCUGGGUUAUCUACUGAACCGUCUGCAGAGUAACUCGUGCCACGUCAAGCUCAAGGCCCUGAAGAUCUUGCUCUACCUCUGCAGCCACAGCUCCGCUCCCUUCCUGCUCGCGCUCAAACGCAACGUCUCCUUCAUCCAGGAAGCCACAGCCUUCGGGGGCCCACCCGAUCCCCUCCACGGCAACGGCUUGUACCUCAGAGUCCGGGCGGCUGCCCAGGACCUGGCGAGCGCCUUGUUCUCGGACACCUUGGUUCCGGGACCCUUCAGACCCCCGCCUCCUCCAGGCAUGGGUUCCUCGGCUGGCACGGGCAGUGCCCUCCAGGGCUUCGGCUACUCCGGGGACCGGGCUGACGCUGGCCCAGGCUCCACCAGCGAGACCCUCCUGUCCACCAUCCAGAAGGCGGCCGAGGUGGUCACCAAAGCCCUGCGACCAGGCCUGGACCGCCCCGGACCCCGAAACUGCAAGUUGGGGGAGGACACCUACCAGCCGGUGGUGCCGCCUUCCGCUGGACAAGGCCGGCCCCCUCCCCGGAAACCGUCUACGGCCCCGAACCCUCGGAGCCUCCGAGGGAGGCACCAGCCCGGGCAGGCGGGGGGCGGCUGGGAAGAGACGGACAGCGGCCGCAGCUCCCAGGACUCCUCGCAGGACAACGGGCCGCUGAGCCGGGCCUCGGACUCGGGCAGCGACGGCCACUCGCGGGCCAGCAGGGAGCCGGGUGACGCCGGGGAGAGGGAAGAGGGCACGUCGCCCCUGAGUGACUGCCUGCAGGAGGAGAGCCUGGUGAACGGCGUGACCCGGGGCCCCCGCGUUUUCCUGACGAGGGAGGAGACGCAACACUUCAUCAAAGAGUGCGGCGUCCUCAACUGUGAGGCCGUGCUGGAGCUGCUGACCCGGAAGCUCGGCGACCCCAGCGAGAGCGUCCAGAUGAGAGCCCUGGCUGCCAUCUUCUCCGUCGGCUGCUCCGACCUGCUGUCCCAGGACCAGCUCUUCCUCGUCACGCGGCCGCGCCUGCAGCAGCUCAGCGAGGCCGGCCCCGGGCCGGUGGCCAACAAGGCCACCAAGAUCCUGCGGCAUUUCGAGGCCUUGUGCCGAAGCUGCCCCGCCUCCGCGACGGUCCCGGCGGACCCGCUCGCCGCCCCGCCGCCCCUCGCCGAAGGCGAGGCGGUUCUCCGGCCCCCGCGGCCCCCGGCCCCCUCCCCGCCGGGGGCGGUGGCCCCCCUCGGCUCGUCCCCCCCGGGGGCCGGAGACCGGGCGAGGGAGGGGCGGCCGGCCGACCCCCGUCCGGACCCGUCCAGCGGGAGCCCGGCGGCGGACCCCGCCGGGAGCGGACCCUCCCUCUUCGCCGGGAUGGAGCUGGUGGCCGGGCCGGCUCCCGGGGCUCCUCGGACAGACCCCGGGCCCUCCGCCCCCCACAGAUCCGCCUUCCCCUUCUUAAACGUGUGA